CCGGGCCGGGCCCGCGCGCUCUGUGUGGGCUGCCAGCCGGCCCGCCAUGGGGGAGCUGCGCGAGGUGGAGGGCAGCGCGCUGCGGCGGCUCUUGCGCCGCGAGCCGGGCGGGCCGGGCCCCGGGCGCUGCCUGCUGCUGGACUGCCGGCCCUUCCUGGCCCACAGCGCCGGCUACAUCCGCGGCGCGCUCAACGUGCGCUGCAACAGCAUCGUGCGGCGCCGCGCCAAGGGCGCCGUCAGCCUGGAGCAGAUCCUGCCGGCCGAGGCCGAGGUGCGCACCCGCCUGCGCUCCGGCCUCUACUCCGCCGUGGUGGUGUACGACGAGCGCAGCGUCCGCGCCGAGAGCCUGCGGGAGGACAGCACUGUCUGGCUGGUGGUGCGGGCGCUGCGGCGCGACACGGCGCGCACCGACAUCCGCCUGCUCAAAGGAGGUUACGAGAGGUUUUAUUCGGAGUACCCAGAAUUCUGUGCAAAAACAAAAUCCCUGAGCAGCAUUUCUCCACCAACCAGCAUGGAGCCAAUCGAACUAGGGUGCAGCUCCUGUGGGACCCCCCUGCAUGAUCAGGGAGGCCCAGUCGAAAUCCUUCCCUUCCUCUACCUUGGCAGUGCGUAUCACGCAGCCCGGAGGGACAUGCUGGACACACUGGGCAUCACAGCCCUCUUGAACGUCUCGUCGGACUGUCCCAAUCACUUCGAAGGACACUAUCAGUACAAGUGCAUCCCAGUGGAGGAUAACCACAAGGCCGACAUCAGCUCCUGGUUCAUGGAAGCAAUAGAGUAUAUAGACUUGGUGAAGGACUGCCAUGGCCGGGUACUGGUGCACUGCCAGGCUGGCAUCUCCCGCUCUGCCACCAUCUGCUUGGCCUACCUGAUGAUGAAGAAGCGUGUGAAGCUAGAGGAGGCCUUCGAGUUUGUCAAACAGCGCAGGAGCAUCAUCUCCCCCAACUUCAGUUUCAUGGGUCAGCUGCUGCAGUUUGAGUCCCAAGUACUGGCAACCUCCUGUGCUGCCGAGGCUGCCAGCCCCUCGGGGACGCUGAGAGAACGGGGCAAGGCCUCCUCCACGCCAACCUCCCAGUUUGUGUUCAGCUUCCCGGUCUCCGUGGGCAUGCACACGACCCCCAGCAGCAUCCCCUACCUGCACAGCCCCAUCACCACCUCACCCAGCUGUUAGUGCCUGGCACUAAUUAAGGCACUGGGGCAGUGCCUCCAGCACAAGGGAUGCUGACCUCACAGCUGUUGCCAGCCAUGAGACUGCAAUAACUGACUGGCAUCGCUAGCCAGCCCCACCACUCUCACCUUGACACCAAGCAAUAACGGUUGGUCUGCUGCUGGCUUCAAGCUGCCUGUAGGGGUCCUUGUUUUCAUAGAGAAACUUCUUACCUCAUUUUUUUAUUUAUUUAUUUUUUUUCUUUUAAAGCAGUAAGGCUUGAAGUUGUGAAUUCCACAAAUCCUGACAAUGUGUCUGACCAGUUUCGUUUUGGGGGAGAAAAUUACAAUUUCCCAAAGUGCCUGGUUUUGAUUUUUUUCAUUAAUAUUUCUUUAAUAAAAUCCCCCAAAACAAACACCCAGCAGAAAUAUUUUUAACCUGGGCAGGAGACUUCUGGUUUUAAAACAUGGACUUGCUAAAAACAAAGUUUGAGACUGAGAUUUAUUGCAGUGCUUUCCUCUGAGUAUUGAAAUGCAACAUUUGUGCUGUCAGUGAUUCUAUAACCUAUUUAUGUUUUAACUAUGAGCACAACAGCAUGCAGGUCUCAAAGCAGCUAGAGAACAAGUCAUCUUAUCACACACCUGCAAGGAAAAGCGUGGGGAUACUGUACCAUUCUCCUGUGUCGGGGGGGACAGGGAUUAACAUGUGCAUUUCCAGGCUGGACACAAGUGAGUUCAAAUCACUCAGUCACUGCACCAUGGACUCUUCCAUCCAAGGAACAAUCUCUGUGCAUAGUGGGUAGUUCAUACGGGUAGUAUCCUGUCUCCUUCCUAGCCCUGCUUGUAUCUUGCAUCAGAAAAGGGGUGGUUUCUUUACUUGGGCAUGGCCAAUACUUGUACACAUGCUUUGCACUCUUCACACUCCUCCUGGAACAUUGUGUUCAUCUUGGCAUGAGCUGAUGGGGACUCUGUGCUGAGGCUCCUGGAUGCUUUCUUGGGAUCCAGCCUCUGAAGAUAUAAGGUAACAGUGCCAUGCUGGGAGCUUGGGACCAUGGCAUGCUAUGGUGAUCAGUAAUUCAUAAGCAUCAGUGACAGUAGGGUGCUGCUCUGGUUGCCUCAACAAUGUUAUUCCCCCAAAUCAGAAUAGCCUUUUUCUCCACUAGAGCAGUGUUCUUUCUCCAUUAGGGAAGAAACUUGGCAGCUCUGGCAGGGCAGGGUCACUGUCCUGUCUGUGGAUGCAGGAGGCCUUUCCCACUCUGAAUGUACAGUACAGUUGGGUGUGGAUGGUGUCAGUCAGUGGGCACCCAUCAUUUAAAGCCAUGAGUCUGCAAUGCCCUGCUCUAAACCUGGACUCAUGGGCAGGAAUGAAUCCAGCUCUACUAAGACUCUAUCCUGCCUGAGACUGCAUUUGCUGGUAAAGUGGUUACUAGCUUUUUGUCCCCUUGUCAAUGUCCCUAGUGUCACUCUAGCUGCAUGCAGAUCCUGGUCCCCUUGGCACAACUCCCAUUUAUUUUACUGAAAUCUGGGGCUAACAAGGUAUGUCUACACUGCCCAAAAAAAACCCCAGGAACCCUGCAGCAGCAAAUCUCAGAGCUUGGGUCAGCUGAAUUGGGCUUGGUCUGGGAGGUAUGAACAACUGUGUAGAUAUUCUAGCUUGGGCUGGAGCCUGGGCUCUGAAACCUGGGAACUCUGAGCCACAAGUCUGGGUUUUAUUUCUGUU